AUGGCCGAUGUUGUGUGGGACAAGCAAAAAACUUAUAAACUAAUUGAGCUUAUUGAAUCGUCUCCUGAACUGUGGAAUUGUACACUGAAGGAAUACAGAGACAGGCAGCUAAAGGCAAAAUGUAUGGAAACAAUUGCUCAAAAAUUGGAAAUGAGUUCUGCAGAAGUUGGUAGAAAAUUACACAAUCUUAGGUGCCAAAUGAACAGUGAACUACGAAAGAUAAAAAAUAAGAAGAGUGGAGCAGGUGCAGAUGAGACCGUGAAAAGCUCUUGGGAGUUUUUCGAUUCACUGAAAUUCAUGACUGGCAUUUCUGAAUGUGUGAAGACUGUCGGAACAGUACCAAAUGCAUUUGUAAGUUACUUAUUUUAUUAUUAA